ACGGAUAUAUGAUUAGAUCCUCCAGCAGAGGGCGUCAUAUUUUAGUAAAGUUUACUCCAGCCUUCACCGAUGCUGCUUGCUAGUCGGAAGUACAGCUUAUUUUCAUCGUCCCCGUAUGGCUUCGGACAUACAUGGAUAAACGUGUGUAAUACAAUGGAGACUAGCAAUUAUGCCACAGCCCAGAAUGAUGCUGGUGGUGACAGGAGAUGAUUUCGGCUACUGUCCAAGGAGGAACCAAGGAAUUGUGGACUGCUUCCAGGCUGGAGGAAUUUCCAAUGUGUCACUGCUGGUUAACGCCUCCUUUGCCAAAGAAGCAGCUGAUCUGGCUAAAAGACACAACAUCCCCAUUGGCCUCCAUGCCAACCUGUCAGAGGGCAUCCCAGUGUGUCAGAGCCUCCAGCAGGCCUCCACACUGACAAACCACUGUGGCUUCUUCCAUGGGAAGAUGGGCUUCCGUCAGGCCCUGGAGAGAGGUCAGGUCAGCAUGAAACAGGUGGAUCUGGAGUUGAGGGCCCAGGUCAGGCAUUUCAGGGAACUGACAGGUCAUCUGCCCUACCACAUGGAUGGACAUCAGCAUGUCCAUGUACUGCCAGAGGUGCGUGAGGUGUUUGCACAGGUCCUGUCAGAUCUCAGGAUUCCAUACACUCGUGUUCCAGUAGAGCCAGGUUUACACAGCUGCCCGUGGCUGCCAGCACACCUCCAAAGAUUCUACACACAGGUGGAGAGGGACGCACUGGACUCCAUCCCUGUGUUCACACGCUAUGGAAUCAGGUGGCCAGAUGUGUACCUGGGACUGACAACCAUGGGCCAGAACAUGUCCGUCCCCAGCCUGCAGAGGGCCCUCAGCCAUGCUUUGGCUGCAGGGCCUUCAGGCACUACCUCUAGCAGUGCAUCAGGCUCUAAUCAACCUGUGGUCACAGCAGAGCUCAUGGUCCACCCAGGUUACCCCAGCCACCCCCAGGAAGGAGGCUGUGGAGAGGGUCCUGAUGAUUUCUCCCAGUCCUCUGACAGACAGCAUGAGCUGAACGUGCUCAGAGACCCGUCCCUGCUGGCCCUGUACAGCCAGGAGAGAGUGCAGCUCUGUGCCUUCAAAGACCUCUGACUACUCUUUCUGUCCAAAAAUGACAAACAUGUAAAACUGUAGAGAGCAAAUGUGAAACCCAGUUUCCCAGGUUCUUUUCAAGUGGUAAAAAAAAACAUAAUUCAAAGUCUAAUUGGCAUUUGUAUUAGCACAGUUUGCUAUAAACCUGCCCCUAUAUUUAUGAUGAAUAGUAUGUGAUGUAGUGACUCCAUGUGUCUAAAAGGUGAAUGUUUAGCAACAAAACACUUUAAUAAUGUUAUUCAUUCAAUCUUUCAGUUCUUAGCAGCCUUCAGUGAACAGCCCAGGGCAGUCAAAGGUAAAAGGUCACCUCUCUCUUGAGGCCAGACAAGGCUGUAAUAUAUACAUGUUCAGACAACAUGUAUCUUGUCUUUCUUGGAGACAGUUCUUAACAUGUAGAAAGAUGUUCACUGCCACACUGGUAAAAUGUUAUGAAAGCUGUUUUUUUGAAUGCUUUGAAUCAUGAAGGAUUUAGACCCAGCAACAUAUUUAACUUCAGAAAUGAAGGAACCUUCAGUGAGAGGGUGUACUGAGUUAGACUAGACAUGAAGUAGCAGAAGGCCUCUCAGCCUCUUCAUAUUUACUGACUAAAUGUGACUGUGGAGCACAGAAACACUACCAAAAAACAAACAAAAAAUAACAACAAAUGUUUUCCUUGGUAGUGUGUGGGGAAGUAAAGAGCUGUUUGUUAAAGUUGAUGCAUUUAAGGCAAAGUGUAUUUUUUAUGUAAGCCACACUAAGUGCAGUUGUACAGUACUCUGAUACAGAUCAAUGUAUUACACCACCCACAUGCCCUUCAUUGCACAUAUUUAUUACAACCGUAAUUUUGUCAAUUAUCAUACACUGUACUAGUAGUGUGUACAAGUUACUAGCUGAGAUCUAGAAACACAGUAGCAUCACUACAAAGUUAUCCAACCAGUCAACAGACAUGAGCAGUCAUGUGACGGGGCAGGCUGGAAACAAACCAGGAGGUGAAACAAACUUAUUUAGCUUAUUUAACCUAAUCUAUCAGUUUCUAAACCCACUCCCUGCUUCAGCUUUCACCUGCUGUACUUACUGUAGUACUGCACAUGCUGUUUUCUUGUGCAGCAACUGCUCUUUUUAAUAAGUUUGAUCUCUGUAGUGAUGUUUUUUCCAUUUCCAGAUCUCAGCUUAAAAUUGUUAUUAUCACUAAAAAAUAAACUACAAAAAUAAGACACAAAUUGUAAUAAACCAUUCUUUUACCACACAGCAAUUUAGAGUCAGGUGGUACUAGCACAGCAUCAUAGAAGAAGUCACUGUAUAUAGUAACAUAGUGGAGGGAUGGGGUAAUGGGAUCCCAGAAGUGUGUGUCUGCCUCAGGGACCUUUACCAGGAAAAUCAAGCCAUGUAGUCUCUGUGGUUUUAAUGUAAGAGGGUGGAGGUUUGAUUUCCACUGAUCUCAGGUCUGUAUAACACAUAUAGCACUCAACAUCUCAUCACCUCCCAAAUGUGCGUCUGUAAGUGAAAACUAUUUUAAUAUUCACAUGAAAAUCAUCUGUAACAGUACAGUAUAUUUGUAAUAUUUGUAACCAGUGUCUAGGUCUUUAAAAUUUUAUAUUUUUGAUUAAAUUUCUGUUGAAAAUUUUUUAUUCGCUGCUAUAUUUGAAUUCAAGGUUCAAUAACUGAGGAGCUUGCAAAUCUGAUGGUGUGAGCUAAUAAAUAAUGUAAAUAUAAUGUCUGAUGUUUCUCUCUCUGUAAUCUGAAAGCAGCAUUUUAUUGAAAAUCUACUUUGACAGUAUUUCCUAACAUUUAAAAGUCCAGUGCAAUGCAUAUCUUCUUUAAUGCCCAUGAGGGCCUUACUUUGUAUUUGAAUGUGAUUUGUAUAUGACUCAGAGUGGGAAAACUCUGAAAUGCUCGCAAAAUGUGUGUGAGCCAUACUGUUGUUAUGGAAUGUAUUUGCAUUGACCAAUCAUUUGUGUACCUGCUAAAAGUUUUUUUAUCCUCAGAAGGGCAGAUUAUGACGAUCUUUCCUACAACUUGACUGGUUUUCUGGAGGCAGUAAUUCCAGUUUCUCAUGUCGUAGACCAUAACUGUCUGCUGGCAUCCUGUUGUGCCAUCCAAGUUCUGCUCAGGUGUUUGCAAUCAGAUAAGAUGUGUUGCUGUCAUUCAAACUGUAAAGACAUUUGUGUGUUUCACCUCACGUGAUAAGGGCUGAUAAUUGACAUUUAUUUGAAACACUGUAAGGUUAAAAGUGCAGUCACAGUGCAUUCAGAAAGUAUUCAGACCCACGUUUUUCAUAUUUUGUUAUGUUGCAGCCUUUUACUCACAUCAUUCAAAUUAAUUUUUUCUCUCAUCAAUCUACAAUCAAUAUCCCAUAAAGCCAAAAAACAAUUUCAGAAACUGUUGCAAAUUGCAAAAAAAAGGGAAAACUGAAAUGUCACAUUGACAAGUAUUCUAGGAUUCUGGGAUUGGCUCUAGCCUUCUGCGACCCUAAAAGGAUAAGUAGUAUAGAUAAUGGAUGGAUGGAUAAGCAUUCCCAUCCCAUUUCUUUUAAUUGUCUGAGAUGUUUCUACACCGUGACUUGAGUCCACUUGUGAUAAAUUAAUCUGAUUGAACAUGAUUUGAAAAGGCACACCUGUCUAUAAGGUGUCAUGACUGACAAUACAUAUCAGAGCUAAAACCAAGCCACGAGAACGAAGGAACUGCCUGCAGAGCUCAGAGACAGGGCUUUGGGGAGCCAUAGAUCUGGGGAAGGCUACAAAAAAAAAUCUGCUGCACUGAAGGUUCCAAGAGCACAGUGGCCUCCAUAAUUGUUAAAUGGAAGAAGUUCAGAACAACCAGGAUUCUUGCUGGUAUAACGUUACUUCAUAAUAAAUGUAGAAUUUAUUCAGAAAAUCCACUGUUAAGAGGGCACCACUUAACAAUUUUUGGAAAUAAUUAUUUGAAUAUAAAUUUUAAUAUUAAUAUUAAUACCCAAAGGGAUCCUUGUUCACUACUCCAAGGAACAAACCGAAUGCAAUGACUAGGACUAAGUCCAGAUGAUUAUAUUAACUACCUGCUAUUACAUAAGAAAAAAAAAAGAUUAAUGAUUUCAAAAAAAAAAAGGUAAAGAUGAUCAACUAAUAAGGUCUGUUCUUCUUUGGCUUCCCCAGAAGAACAGACCAUGAUCAGGGUGGUGAAUUUGAAAAUCAACCAUUGGAGCCAGAUAUGUUGUUAAAAUUAACCUGAGACUAAUUGUAAUUCACUGUUUGAACACUGGGUGUCACUGUAAUACUAUCUUGUGUGCUUUAGGUCUGGAAGGUUACUGUUUACAUCAGUGUUUUUUGUCUUGUCCUCUUUAUCCUUCUUCCACUACUGUUCCCUUGUUUCCCGGGCGAGUCUUGUCUUGUAUUACACUUCUUUUCAUGCUUGAAAAGCCCUUUUCGUCUUAGACCUGAAUAUAAAUGGGGUUGAAUUUUCUUGCAUCUUAAGUCAUUGAGGCAAGACAUUACUUCUUGCAUAGCUGUUGGUGCAUAUAUGUAAAACAAAAAAAAAAAAUUAACUGUCUAAAGGAGAUCAAAUAAAUUGGAUGCCCUUUGGGAGAUACAACAUAUAUGUAGAUAACAGAUCUGAAGUUCUUAGAGUAAAAAUGUACUACUUCUUUAAACCAAUAAGGACAAAGUUCUGUUGUCACAGAGGUGGUUCCCAGUCUGCGCAGCCUAUGACAAGCCUUUUAAACAUUUAACCACUAUUUAAUGCAGAUGUCUAUAAUUCAGUUCACUUUAGCCAAUUGUAUGUAUUGGCCUUUGAAUUUUAGACAUCCACAGUGUCAUUCUUACUGUCUGGCUGUUUAUGCCUAUAGCAGCAUAACUACCGAGAUGGUUUGAUGGUUCAAGGCAAGCCUGACUCUUAAGUGUAGGGAGGGAGUCUGCCUCUUGGACCCAAACUGGAAAAAGGUUUCACAAUGGAGGAGCUUAACAGCUUAAGGCUCUGCCCAAUAUUCUACACUUGGAGACUCUAGGAAGCCACCAGUAAGCCUGCAUUCUGGAAUCACAGUUUUGUAGUAGGGUACUUAAAUUAUAUUCUGGAUUUCACAGGGAGCCAAUGCAAAGAAGCUAACACAUGAGUAAAUAUGAUCCUUUUUUCUAGUUCAUUUCAGUACUUGUGCUGCAGCAGUUGUGUUCAGCUGGACAGUCUGUAGAGACUUGCUGGGGCAGCCUGAUAAGGAAUUGCAAUAGUUCAAGCCACAUUUUAAUGUUACAGUCCAAGUGGUGGUAAUUAAUAAACUUCUGGGAACAUAGCUGACUGCUUGAGGCUCUCAGAUUACAGAGAUGUUGACAAUGACUGCAGAUUUCUGAGUUUUAUGUCCAUCCAAAACCAAGCAGUACAAACAAUAUGUAUCCAAAAUGUGAAAUACAAACUAACAAUCACCAGCUGGAUUGAAUUUCAAUUAAUAACUACAAAAAAUAUUAAAAUAAUAGUUUAAUAGUUUUUUUUUGUUUGUUUGUUUUGAAUGUGAAAUGACUGAAGGGGUAUGAAUACUUUCCUUUUUCAAGCAUGGCACAAGAGUCACUGAAAGUACAACAGCAGUGUUUUUAGGUUGUUCUUUUACCGUAUUACUACAAUAAAUAACUUCACUGCUAACA